AUUUCUGCUGCUGACCUUCGUAGAAAGACAGUUCAGAACAGCAGUGUUAAAGCGUCCCAUCGGGUCAGAGAGAGUCAAAUGAUCAGCUCCAGAAAAUGAGGCCACUUCAUAUCUUUGUGUUUAUACUAAGCAGUGAACUCGCGGCUGGACAGAGAAGCCCUCUCAAUGAUUAUCACCGGUCCAGAGGAGUGCAACUGCAGACGUUACAUCGGUCACCAGAAGGGCAUGUUUCCGGUGCGGAAGAAUGUGCCAUCCGGUGUACUGAUGAUCUCCGAUGCAGAGCUUUCAACUACAACCUGCAGGCUAAGGAUUGCCAAAUUCUGAGCAGUACCAGUCAGAUGGAAGGCACUGAGCGACACAAGCAUAUUCAUAUUGACCUAUACGAAAAGAAAGCUUAUGUGCGAGAAUGUAUUGUGAACAACGGUGCCACAUACAGGGGAACUGUGUCCGUAACUCAGAGCGGAAAGACUUGUCAAGAAUGGAUAUCCAAUGUACCCCACGAGCACAGGUAUUUGCCAAUUAAGUUUCCUGAGAAAGGCCUGGAUAUGAAUUACUGUCGGAACCCUGACAACGAUGUUAAUGGACCCUGGUGUUAUACUACAGACUGGACCACAAGAAUAGAGGCCUGCGGCAUCAAGAGAUGUGAAAAUGAUAUUUGCGUCUUGUGCAAUGGUGAGGAUUACAAUGGAUUUGUCGACCGUACAGAGUCUGGGAGAGAAUGCCAGCGCUGGGAUCUCAACUCGCCUCACAGACAUAACUAUCAACCAGACAAGUACCGUGACAUGAAUCUGGACGAUAAUUACUGCCGUAACCCGGAUGGCUCUCCUCAGCCCUGGUGUUUCACCACUGACCCAAACGUGGAGCGGGAAUUCUGCAACAUACAGAGAUGUGAGGGAAAACACAAGCUGAAGGAGGUACAGACCACAACAGAGUGUUUCAAACGCCACGGGAUAGGAUACAGAGGGACUGUGAACAAGACCACAUCCGGAACUCCUUGCCAGCCUUGGAACUCCCAGGUCCCACACCAACACCAAUUGACGCCAGAAAACUACCCGUGCAAAGGACUGGAAGAGAAUUACUGCCGAAAUCCUGACGGAUCUGAAGCACCUUGGUGUUUCACAUCAGAUCCUGAUGUACGACAUGCAUUCUGUCUGCAGAUCGAUCGCUGUGAAGAUGACAUUGAGCCUGAAGAUUGCUACUAUGGAAAUGGUGAAAUGUACAGAGGGAGUGUAAAGAAAACAAGGAAAGGGAUCCAUUGCCAGAAGUGGAAUUCAAAUACCCCUCACAUAACCCAAGUCAAUCACAAGUCUCAUCCGAAAGCAAACCUCGUGGGGAAUUUAUGUCGAAACCCAGACGGUGACAGUCACGGUCCCUGGUGUUACACCAUGCACCCCAAAGUCCAGUGGGAUUACUGUGCCAUCAACACCUGCAAAGGAGCUCAUGAGCCGCCCAUCGUAGAUCCAGAAGAAGUAGUCUUUGAUUCCUGCGGCAAACGAGAUGACCGAAUGUUUAGGAACAACAUGCUUCGGAUUGUGGGAGGUUUACCCGGCAAUUCCCCUUGGACAAUCAGCUUGCGGAACAGGGCAGGGAAACAUUUCUGCGGAGGAACCCUGGUCAGCACAAGUUGGAUCAUCAGUUCAAAGCAGUGUUUCUCCUCCUGCUAUGUCGAGCGCAGAGGGUAUGAAGCAUGGAUGGGAACUAUAUUCAAAGAUCCAAGGCCAAAUGACCCAAACAAGCAAGCGAUUCCUAUCCAGAGGGCAGUAUGUGGACCAUCCAGCUCUAACUUAAUCAUGUUGCAGUUAGAGAGGCCUGCGUCUUUAAACGAACGUGUGGCUGUGAUCUGCCUGCCCCCACCACAGUACAUAGUUCCUGAAGGAACGGGAUGCGAGAUAGCCGGAUGGGGAGAAACCCAAGGUACAGGCGACGAUGAGGUCCUCAACAUCCUCCAAAUGCCAGUGAUGAGCAACAGACAAUGUAAUGGUUACCACAGAGGACUUGUGCAACCAACAGAGAUAUGUGCUGGGGCGAUCAGUCGGGCCGCAGGGGCAUGUGAGAAAGAUUACGGGGGACCCCUCGCCUGCUUCACGAACGAGUGCUGGGUGCUGGAAGGAGUGAUCAUACCAGGCCGGGGUUGCGGGAGAAGGAAUCGUCCAGGGAUCUUCAUACGAGUCUCGAUGUACGUGGACUGGAUGAAUAAAGUCAUGAAGAUGAACUAAAGGUCGAUUCUCGAGCCGAUCGCAGCAAAGACUUUUGACGAGCAGGAGACUGAAAUGGGACAGUCUGUUAAUAAUGCAUAAUACUCGCUGCACAAAUAAAUGUCGGAAAAAACAAAA